AUCUUAGGAGGAACUGUCACUGUCACCGAAGUGUUGGCAACACUGCUGAGCACGCGGAGGCUGACACAUCGAUAGCUACAAACUCGGAGUUUUUUUUCACUAUCGUUCAAUAAAAUACUUAGUUUUUGAAACUCAAAAUAAAUCGAAAAAUCUUUCUAAAGAUAUAAUGGCACCGAAAAAAGUGGAAGAGCCAGAGAGAAAACAGCUAAUUGGUCGUGUUGGUACAAAUUUACGUGUUGGAAUUGUUGGGGUACCAAACGUCGGAAAAUCAACAUUUUUCAAUGUGCUCACCAAAAGCGCAGCUCCAGCGGAAAACUUUCCCUUUUGCACUAUUGAUCCCAAUGAAAACCGGGUUCCAGUGCCGGAUGCCAGGUUUGAUUAUUUGUGUGACUAUCAUAAGCCAGCUAGUAAAGUACCAGCGUAUUUGAACGUCGUGGACAUUGCGGGAUUAGUGAAAGGAGCUGCAGAAGGUCAAGGCCUGGGAAAUGCAUUUCUUUCACAUAUAAGUGCAUGUGAUGCUAUAUUUCACCUCUGUAGAGCUUUUGAUGAUGAUGAUGUUAUCCAUGUUGACGGUGAAGUAAACCCAGUCCAAGAUUUGGAUAUUAUUUCUGAAGAAUUACGUUUAAAGGAUGUUGAUAAAUUGAACAAGGACCUGGAAAAAUUGGAAAGAGCAGUUGUGCGAGGAAAUGAUAAAAAACUGAAGCCUGAAUACGAUUCUCUAAUGAAAGUCAAAAAUAUUCUCUGCGAGGAAAAAAAACAUCUUCGAUUUGCUGAUUGGACAGCACAUGAUAUUGAAAUCCUUAACAAAUAUCUUUUCCUGACAACAAAACCAGUGGUUUAUCUAGUUAAUCUGUCAGAAAAAGAUUUUAUAAGGAAAAAGAAUAAGUGGCUCAUCAAGAUUAAGGAUUGGGUAGAUAAAAACGAUCCUGGAGCAUCUAUUAUCCCAUUUUCUGGACUUUUUGAAACUAAAUGGGCGGAUUUUGAAACAGAUGCAGAACGUGAAGCAUAUGCUGAGGAGAACAAGAUCCGUUCGAUUUUAGAUAAAAUAAUUCUGACUGGAUAUAAAGCACUCCAGUUGGAAUAUUUUUUCACAGCAGGCCCUGACGAAGUAAAGGCAUGGACUAUUCAGAAGGGAACAAAAGCUCCCCAAGCUGCUGGAAAAAUCCAUACAGACUUCGAAAAGGGGUUCAUUAUGGCAGAAGUAAUGCAUUUUCAGGAUUUUAAAGAGGAAGGAAGUGAAGCUGCAACUAAAGCCGCCGGCAAAUAUCGCCAACAAGGUCGCAACUAUACUGUUGAAGAUGGUGACAUUAUUUUUUUUAAAUUUAAUGCCGGUGCUGGUCUGAAGGAUGCUAAAAAGAAAUAAUUUGUUUACUUAUUUGUAAACAAAUAAAUAUGAUAAUAAAAAGCGAGAUAGCCAUCGAAA